AAGAAACGUGGGAGGAGAAUGCCAGACAGCUGGAUCCAGCGUGCCGGGUCAGUCUUGUUUUACCUGCGAAUAGUGCGCGUGUGGUCUGUGCCGUUGUGUACCGUUACACGUGGCAUUCAAUGCGGAGUCCGGUCUGACAGGCGCUCAGCACUAGGUGUCAACGCCGCAUAGUAAACGAUUUUCCUUUUAAAGUGUUUUACAUAGCACUUGCGUGUGAACUGUUGAAAUUCACUAUGCACCAGUGAUGAUACAUUUCGUAUGGAGGGAUAGCUCGGCCUCUGGAAAUUAGUCUUGUUAUCGCUUUACAUCGUUGCGAAUAUAUCACUUGCAGUGAAGCUACUUGAGUGUUUGUCACGACAGAGGCACAAAUACGGAACAUAGAGCAAAAAAUAUUGCGACCCAGUUCGGUGGUCUUGAUGUAAAGAUGCUGUUGACAUUAAAUAGAUCAGGACUAUCAGCUCACUGAAUGAUAUUUCCGCUUUCUAAAAUGUUCAGCAGACCGUGUUUGAUCCAACAUUGACAAAUUUUAUUAACAAUUGUGCAGCUAUAGGCGUUGAACUUUAAUUGGUUCAGUCAGAACUCUGCUUCUCCCCCAGUUUUCAGUCGGAGCUUAAGCCAAGAUUCCGUGAUUUAUUAUUCUUGAGGUCCAUUUUUCUAAGCCAUGAAACGACUUUCCCCAGUGAAGCAUGUAUGUUAAAAAAAAGUUUUUUUUAACUGCUCAUCUUGAAUCAAGCGUAACAGAGUAAUUCCCAUAUAAUGUAAUAUGAUAAACUAUAAUGGAUUAGCUUAAUGCUUAUGCCACAAACUAGUAAUGUGUGCCCAUUUUCAUUUCCUUAGAUUUAAAACGUCACACACAUUUCCAAAGGAACUUAGUUUAUUUGCAGAAGUACAAAAUCAAAAAAGUUGACACACAGCUUGUUUGGCUGAAAUUGCCAGUAAGUGAAUUUAUAAAUAAAACAUCGCAGAUUACAUAGUAAAUGCAGUUGCAGGUUAUAGACAGAGAACCACUGAUUAAAUUGGUAGUAUCCAAAUGAAUAUUAUUUAAACACAUUAUAAUGUUUUAAACUACCAAAGAUAUGGAUGAUGAGCCUCAGUCCCUCGAAUAUGAAGAAGAUUGCUACUACGCAUACAUAUCAGGAUCGGGAACACCAAGUUUUGAUCAUAAUUGGCCAGAUGAUGUAGAUUCAAGUACUUUCUGUAUUGUUGAUGAACAUGAUGAAUCAUCCCUGGAAACAGAGUCGUGUAGUGUGGAAACGGAGUUUCAGAAAAAGCCACAUAAUGUCAAAGUAACAUUUCAAGAUAUUUCAAAGCCCUAUCUUGCUCGUGUCAGCAGCCCCAAAAACUACAGGCGUUUUCUGCAACUUGUGAAAGCUGAGGAGGCCCCUACUGACGUCUCACCUGAUUCUGGUAUCAAUGAACUUCAGGGUUUGAGUCCUGAGGAACAAGAGAGACAGAAACAGGAAUGGCAGCAGGAGCUUGUAAAGGUUGAAGAGGAAAUUCAGACUCUCCGCCAUGUCUUGGCAUCAAAAAUAAAACAUUCUCAAGAACUUAAACGUAAACUUGGGAUAAGUGUGUGGAAGGAAUUUCAAGAUGAUAUGUCACAGAGCAUUCGAAAUGUGAAGGAAUCAAAUAUUUAUCAGAAUGUUGAAGACAAACUAGGGAAGUUCAGCAGGGCUGUUACAGAAGCGCCAUUGUAUCAGAAGACUGAAUCUGUGAUUAAAACUACAGCUGAAAAAACUACUACUCUUCUAGGUGGUUUAGGCUCCAGUGUAACAACAAAAAUUGGGCAGCUGAAAAAUUCAGAUUCUUUUCGCUCUUUAGAAGAGAAGGUUGGGUCAGCAUAUGAAAAUGUGAAGACAAAAGUGGUGACUUCACGCUCCAACUCAACUCAGAGUUUUGAUGAGGCUCUGAGAGAGGCAGAGGCAAACCGAAGACCCAGUAACAGUGCUUCGACACCUGCUACAACACCAACCAUACCGGAAGAGAAGCCACUCUCCUAGAGGAAUAACUUGUUUGGCUGCAAAAACUGGGUUUAGUUAGGCAUCUUACCUCUUGAUGUGGAAUGGUUAAUUCAGUUCAGCUUAAAAUGCAAUGGGUAUAUUGUGGAUUGGUACAGCUUUACUGCAGACUGAAGUUAUGGUUACUUAUUAAUUAUUACAUUAAAUGUAGCUAUACAUAUUUUUAUAAUACAAUAUUUAAUGGUAUCUUUUGCCUAUAACAUUUCAUAAUAAACUGUUUGACUAAACUGUCCACUCCAGGUGUUACGAGAACUUCAGAGGCAUGCUUAUUGAAAUAAGAUGUCGUUUACAAUUUGUAUUCAUCAAUCACUUUAAAGUUUUUUCAUGAAAGGGAAAGGAUCAACUCUCCAACUUGGGAAAAUAGCCAUAUUGCUAACUACAUUGUAUAGAAUGUUUAAAAGGAAUGCUGAUUAAUUAUUGGAAGUGACUUUCAUGUGUUGUCACAGCACUAGAGUUCAGCAUGAUUUAACUUGAAUGCUUUUUGUGAGAAAAAGAUGGCUUGUCUGUGUUGUAACGACAGCUUAUGUUUCUGUUACACUGCUUUGCAUGUAAACUACUGAAUAUGUAAUUAAUGGAAGCUUUCAUAUUCAAGGCUGUGCCUGUAACUGAAAAUUUAAAAUUUUGAACAGUCAGUUCUCUGUGUAACAGUGUCAUUCAGAUAAUUCUUAUUCUGCUAGAUUUACCACUUAAUACAAUAAUACACUUAAAAUGAGAAACGUCUGUUGUUCAUCAUUAAUAGCUGAAAUGUGUGCAGUAAGGAAGACUACUAGACAGAUUGAUAUUUCAGGUAUUAUCUUCACAUAGAUAGUAGUGCCAACAACAAAUUUUUUCCACUCAUUUGUGCUGCUUCCUGCCUUCUGGUGUUGGUCAUCUCUCACCCACAUUUAUGACGCUGUCUUUCUCUCUCUGAUAACCAUCUCUUUAAGUUGUUAAAACUUAAAUGGUUUUCCAUACUGAUUCAUCUGUAGCCAUCUGGGAAAUAAUUCACUAUAAUGUUGAUUAUAUUUUAAGUGAUAUAGGGGCUUGUUCUAUGGCAGCAACUAUUGUGAUCUGUUCUGGACAAAGGAACCAUAUUGUUUUUGCAUUAAAUUGCAAUUACUCAUCUCCAUCCACCUUGGCCUUGCUGUAAUAUUUUCAAAAAAUCUCGUACUAAAUUACUGUCAAAUUUUUGAAAAGAAAUGUUUUCUAUUUGAUAGUAUUGAUGUAUAUUUUAAGAAAAUAAUCAGUGUAACUAGAUAUUAAAAAGUUUAUUGCACAUUUUGAUUGUUAAAAUAUUCUAAUGUUUUGUCUGUCACAUUGAUUAUAAUAAAUAACUUUUUGUUACAUGAAAAGUAAUAUUUUCCUUAUUAACUUUUUUCUUUUUUAUAUAAUGUGUAACUUCAAUGUAAUAAUGCCAUCUCAAGUCUUGAUAUCAAAUUAUAUUUACAGAAAAACGUAUUUCGUGUAUGAAAAUGAUGUAACAUGCUAGUCACACACAUGUAAUGAAAAAUCUUGACUGUUUAUUUAUUAUUAUGAGAAUUUUUGGAGAUCACAUAAUUAUAAAUAUAAUUAAAUCAUUCACUCAUUGUUA